AUGGCUUCAGGUGAUCUAGUGGACAUUACCACUGCUUGCUCUUCACAAGGGACUUUCAAUGUCAUAGGUGUGGUAAUUGACAAGCUACCACUCUUUCGGACCAGAGGCUCGUCGGCAUGCAUCACCUUCACGAUAAAAGACUCCAAUUUUGAUGCACCAGGCUGGCAAGGUGGUCUUAAAGUCAGAUAUUUCAAUGAUGAUGAGAGUUAUCUUCCUAAUGUCGAGCUCAAAGAUGUAAUCCUAUUACGAAACCUCCUGGUGCAAAUUUACCAGAACAAACCAACAGGGUUUGUUUCUCAGAGAUCCCAUGUGUCAUGGGCUAUUUUCCGACCAGAGCCAAGCUCGAGUUCCAGUCCGUUCAUUACCAGCGGUCCCAUUCCUUUCGAGCCGAGUCUGAAGGAAAAGGAUCAGGCACACUCGCUCCUGGAUAGUGUAUUUGCCGAAGCAAUCCCUGUGCAACAACCCACCCCGCACAGUAUACCCGCCUUUCAGCAGUCUUCUCAUGUUCAGGCUUCCGUUCCAGCCGCAAAAUCUGGAGGCCUACCGUAUAUCCCUAUUCAGUUUGCGACGGUUCGCCAACUUUGCCAGUUACUUGGCCAAGUUGUGAACCUCAAGACUUAUGACAGUGAAAAAUGUAUGCUGGACUUGACUGAUUUCACUGAGAAUGAGGGGCUUGCCAACUACAAAAAACCCGGAGAAGGUGACGAUGAAUCAGGUCCUGAGGGCGACCGAUUUAAUUACAUACAGAAGACAAAGAACUGGUCAGGCCCAUGGGGUAAAUUUACCAUCCGAGUGACUUUAUGGGAGCCGCAUGCCAGCUAUGCUCGAGAACACCUCAAGCCAGGUGACAUCGUUCUAUUAACCUAUGUCCAUAUCAAGGAACGCCGUGGUGGAUUGGAAGCUGUCGUUCAUGAAGACAAACUAUUCCCGGAGAAGAUUCAUGUCAGGAAGAUGAAUGGUAGCAAUGAUGAGCGUGUACGAGAAUUGAUGAACCGCCGGACAGAAUACUGGAAGAUCCACGGUGAACCCAAGGCAGAUACCAAAAAGGCCAAGAAAAAGAACAAGAGAGUCGAGCAGAAAAGGGAGGCCCGGAAAGAAGAAGGCCAACUGACCAUGCCAGCAGCAUCACGAAUCAAGUUGAAUCAACAUGUCAAAACAAAAAAUUACACAGUGCCUACUUUCCCUCUGGAGAAGAUCUUAUUGGCGGAGACUCAUACAAACAAUGCUCCGGGGGGCAUUGUCUAUAAGCUUCCCUUCCAAAACGUCAAUUAUCACUCUCAGGUCCGGGUAGUUGACUUUUUCCCCCCAAAGAUAGAAGACUUUACGGUUCAAACGACCAACGCUCCCUUGUUCGGCAAUCAGGAAAGUGCCACGGAGUCUCAACUUGGCUGGGAAUGGCGGUUUUGCCUUCUUGUGGAGGGGGUUGAGCCCAAACCUCCCAAACAACAGCCCCGAGGAAUGAUGAAGCUCUAUGUGUGCGGGCAAGAUGGUGAUUUUCUUCUUGACGAUUAUGCAUUCAACCUCCGCGACAAUCCACGGAGACUGGAAGCGAUAAAAGAGAAGCUUUUCCUCUUAUGGGGCAAUCUCGAGGAGGAGAAGUCGAAAGCCAUAGCUUCUGGUCAACAGAGUUGGGGGCCAGUGAAGUCGUGCCCAUUCGAGUGCUGCAUCAAGGAAUAUGGUGUUCACUGCACCCAUGCCAAAGACCCCAAUGUGAUGGAUGUCGACGGCGAGGUGUGCACCUAUCCUGAUUGUUUUGGAUGGGAGAGACGAUUUGCCAUGUUCGGCACGACUAUCCACACAUGA